CCCGCGCCCUACGUCGUUCCCCCCUCUCAGUCCUUCGAUGGCAACGACGGGCCCUGGUCCACCUUUUUCAUCUCUGUCGGGACACCUGGACAAGACUUGCGCGUGCAAGUCUCUACUCAAAGCGGCGAGACGUGGGUCGUGGUGCCAGAAGGCUGCUAUCCAACAGAUGGCCCUGACUGUGCCUCCCUCCGCGGCGCGCAACCCUUCCAAAGCACAGAGAGCCCUGGAUUCCAAUCAAACGCGUCAAGCACGUGGGACACAAUUGGUGUAUACACCCUCACAACAGAAGAGAAGCUUAAUUACACCGGCAAUGGAAUAUACGGCUACGACAAGGUAGCGCUGGGACCCGCGUCUGACAGCACAACGGUGGCAUUAGACCACCAAAUCGUCGGUGGAGUCGCGGAGCUAGAUUUCUGGAUGGGGCAUAUUGGACUAGGGAUACAACCAAGCUCGUUCUCAAGUUUGAGCAAACCCGUAGACUCAUUUCUGGUCCAGCUGUGGAAUCAGACCAAGAUCCCGAGCCUCUCGUACGCUUAUACUGCUGGUGCGAAGUAUCGUCUGAAAUCCGUCUUUGGAAGCUUGAUACUCGGCGGGUACGACGAAACUCGAUUUACUCCAAGCAAUUUCUCCCUUUCUUUCAGCUCCGACGCAACCAAACUCUUGACCGUCGGGGUCCAAUCCAUCAUCGGACUAGACACUUUACAAGGAACGCAAUCCUUCACCACCUCCGGCCACCUCUCCCUGAUGGACUCUACCGUGCCGCACCUCUGGCUCCCCCGCGACAUUUGUGAUGGCAUCGAGCAAGCAUUCGGCCUAACCUACGACCCAACCACAGACCUCUACCUCGUCAAUGAGACUAUGCACACUCAACUCCACCAUCUCAACCCCACACUGACCUUCAAACUUGGCGACACAAUAUACGACACGGGCGCCAACGCCACCAACAUUGUUCUCCCCUACGCCGCUCUCGACCUACAAGCUUCCUAUCCCUUUUAUAAGAACGCAACGAACUAUUUCCCCAUCCGCCGAGCCGCAAAUGAUUCCCAAUACGUCCUCGGCCGCACCCUCCUCCAAGAAGCAUAUCUAAUCGUCGACUACGAGCGCCAAAACUUCACUAUCGCGCCCGCGAGCUUUCCUGAUCCCCUUCCGGCCCCUCACGUGAUGGCCAUCACCCCCCCUUCAAACACUACAUCGCCUGCAUCGAACCCCUCCGCAUCUUCCAAACCUCUUCUUAGCACUGGCGCCAUCGCCGGCAUCGCAGCCGGCGGCGGCGCCCUCCUCAUCCUCCUCGCCCUAGCCCUCCUCUUCUUCCUCCGCCGCCGCCGCCAC